AUGAAACACAUAGCAGUGCUAAGCUCAAAAAGCCAUGAACAUGGUGAUGGGAGUCCAACCCAAUCCCAGAAACGAAAAGCUGGGAGGAAGAAGUUUCAAGAGACUCGGCACCCAAUUUACAAAGGCGUGAGGAGAAGGAACGGGAAGUGGGUGAGCGAGCUUCGAGAGCCGAACAAGAAGUCUCGAAUCUGGCUAGGGACAUUCUCCACUCCGGCCAUGGCGGCCAAGGCAUAUGAUGCAGCGGCUUUGGCCCUCAAGGGAGAUUCAGCUUCCUUCAACUUUCCUGACUCUGUUUAUGCAUUACCACGUGCUAGGUCAUCUUCCAUAAGGGAUAUUCAGUGUGCAGCCAUGAAGGCUGCGUCGGAGGCGGGUUUCGGUAAUGGUGAAACGUCGUCUCCGCCGCCAUUGGCGUCCUCGGAGAACGUUGGAGCGUGUCCGGAGAUUUUGGUGGUGGAUGAAGAAGAGGUGUUCAACAUGCCGGGGAUACUGGAGAGUAUGGCAGAAGGGUUGAUCUUAACUCCACCUGCUAUGCAGAAAGGGUACUUCUGCUGGGAUGACGAUUUAGAUAAUUUUAUGGAAUUCAAUCUCUGGGGGUGACUAAGUUGUUUCUUUUGUGGA